CGUCCAGUCCACACUGGAGUCUGGAGUCCAGCUCGCCCUGGCAUCGUCUUGGGCCGGUACUGGUUCCUUUUUGGUCUUCAGUGUCUGAGUGCCCCUGGGAUAAUGGGCCCCGAAACUGGUGACUGACCUGUCGGUGCCCUGCUUUUGUCCAUGAACUUAGGUUUUGCCAUCCAACUCGAACCCACCCUGGUAGCUCCCCCCAUGCCCCAUGCAGGCGGCGCCGAAUUCCCACCGUGCACUCAUCUCGGUCGACCAUCUUUCAUCUCCUCCCUCCCAUCUCCUCCUCUCUUUUUCUCUCGCUCCUUCGAACUUCUUCUUUCCUCUCCUUGUCGGUAAUAUUCUCGUCCAGUUUUUCUCUUCACGCCACUCGUUUUCGUCAGGCUCUACUCUGCCAGACUUUAUCUAGUUCUAGGAAUAUUCUUAACUGUUCCGUGAUAUAUCUCAGUCGUUCGCCGAGAAACUCUCAAGGAUUUGAAGAAUCAACACCAUCCAACAAAAUCACAGGAUCCUUUCCCCUUACAAAUUAGGUACGUACGAACGUUCAUCGCUCGGUCGACUGGCUCGAUCCAUUGUGAGGUGCUUGCCGAGACGCGCAUUUACUUGGCUUGUGCUCCUUGAUUGGUUUCGACCGUUCCGUCCCGUCUUUCUUGCCGUCUUGUUUUCUUUCUUCCUUCCCCUGCCUCAAAUAAUCUUUUUGUGUACACUCUUCCUCCUCCAUUCACUUUGCGAUUUGGUCUAUUCUUGCCUACGAUUGGAAUUGACGCAUCUCCUCAUCCCCCCUUCACGCAUUCCUUCCAGGUUGGUUGCCAUUGAACAUUCCCUUUCCUGCCAAAGGGGGCGUUGCUAUCGAGCAUCGACAUCUCCACGACAUUGUACUGCAGUUGCUUGCUCGACACCACUCUACAUCAGCAUCACUUCUUUCGAGGCGGUUCUACUUUGGACCGACAUUCAUAGGGACCACCGCGACAGACCAGCCCACAGUUUUCUUCACGCACUCGUGUAUAAUCAACGUUAUCUAAUUGUUUGUUUAUCCAGGCCAUAAUGCAUUCCGUUAAGGUCCUCUCGGCCAUUGCGGCCCUCAGUGUCUCUGCCGUUUCUGCUGCCACUUGUACCAAGGACGUCAAGAUCACCGAACCUACACAAGUCAUCAGCUGCGAUGUUGUCGACGCCGAUAUCAUCAUUGACAAGUCUGUUGCUGGUGCCGUUGUCAUCAACGGCCCCAAGCAGAUCAAGGGCAACUUCCAGGCCAAGAACGCCGGUGACCUUAUCUCUAUCUCCAGUACCUCUAUUAAUUCCAUCACUGGAAAGUUCGAGCUCAACAACCUCGAGGCUCUCAACAACCUCGACUUCUCUUCUCUCGAGAGCCUUGGCGAGCUUAGCUUCAUCAAGCUUCCCCGACUCGGCGAGCUGAACUUCGGUACCGAAGGCGUUACUAAGAUCAAGAGCAUUCGAAUUACCGACACCUUCAUCAGUGAUCUUAGCGGUCUCAGCGUCGCCAGUGUCGAGAGCUUCCAGAUUGACAACAACCGAAAGAUGAACGUCUUCAACUCCGACCUUGUUAAUGUUACUACCCAGCUCCUGAUCUUCGACAAUGGCAACGACGUUAUGGAAAUUACCAUGAACAAGCUCGAGACUGCUGCCGAGAUCCAGAUUUCUAGCGCCAAGUCCUUCAAGGUCCCUGCUCUCCAGGAGGUGACCAAGAGCUUGAAGUUGAGCGCCAACCCCGAGCUCAAGUCUUUCUCCGCCCCCAACCUGACCACGAUCACGGAGACCCUGUCCCUUAUCGACAUGAACAAGCUCACCAACGUUUCCUUCCCCGCCCUCGAGGAGAUUGGCGGCGGUUUCACCAUCCAGAACAACACCAAGCUUGAGGCUAUUGAUGAUUUCCCCAAGCUCGAGAAGGUCACCGGUGGUAUUGCCCUCCGAGGUAGCUUCGAGAAGGUGGAACUUCCCAAGCUCGACCAAGUUAGUGGCAGUGUCGUUGUUUCCUCGACCACCGAUAUUAAGGAGUUCUGUGAUUACUUCGACAACCUCAAGAAGGACAAGAAGAUCGAUGGUGAGGAGAAGUGCACAUCCAACAACAAGGCGGCCAAUGAGGGCAAGGACGGUGGUGAGGAGAGCGACGGCUCUUCCGAGAGCAGCAACAGUGACGAUCAGAAGGAUGCUGCUGGCAUUGUCAGCGUCAACAUGGCUGUUCUUGCUCUUGCAGGUAUUGCUGCCGUUGCCCAGCUCUUUUAAGCAUGGAGAUGAAGAUUGCUGGCUUUUCUUUUAAAGGCGUCAUUAUCGUCGUCAUCAUGUUUCCUGACUUUUCUCUACGACAUAUUGUGCUUGGUCAACAUGGGGCACAAAAUGCUUUUCAUGGGUGGGGGUAACUGUGUGUAAAGGAUAACCUGUUAGAGCUUAAUAAUCGAUUGUAUUUGGACUUUAUUCUUGAGAUCAUGUUCGCCGAGCUCUGAAAAUUGACAUCUCUCUUAACUCAUCAUAUAAAGAUGUUUAGUUUGUGAUAAGCGCUUCUUAUUUCUUCUGAACAUCGAGAGUCAUCAGGAAACCUUUUCGGUCUGCAACUGAUAUAAAGGAUUGCCUAGUUGUUGGUCUAUUAUGAAUAUAAGUAUAUCUCCAUCC